GAGGACAGUUUCACUCCUUAAUUUAUAAAAGAAAUCCAGGUGAAUUCAGCUCCUGUGAUGCAGUGACAAGUUCAGCUCUGGAAAACUACACUCUUUCAGAGACAGACAGAGAGAGAGAGAGACAGACAGGUGGACAGAUAUAUAGAAAGGACAUUUGGACACAGCACACAGUUUACUGUCGUGUCAUUUAAAAGCGUCGUUUUUAUCUUCAGCGAAGAUCGUUGUGUCUUUGUUGCCCCCUCUGGCUGCAAUGGGGAACUACAGCUCUACAGAGAUUGAAGUUUUUAAAGGCAUCGUAUCAGCAGCGGGGAGCGAGACGCUGGAGAACCAAACAGCAAAUAAUAAUCAUGAUCGAGUCUGGCAUCAUCUGAGUGAAACGCUGCAGGAACCCGAUGUGUUCUCCCUCAAAUUCCUCCACAACAUCACAGAGACAGACGGAGAACCUUCAGAACCUAAAACAAAUGUUCCUCCAAAACCAGAAGUGUCUCCAUCUCAAGAGGUUUCCUCUGCAUCUUCUAACUCCUCCUCCCCGACCAUCUCAUCCCUUGUUUCCGUCCUCAGAUCCUCAGGUUCCUCCUCAUCAGAUCCUAAACCCCGUCUCGCUGCUCACGCUCCUCCGACUUUACAGAAACUCAAUGUGGAGCUUCAAGACAUGAGAGAGGAGCUGGAGCUGCUGAAGACUCAGCACAAGAGAGAAAUUAAACUGCUCAUGAGCGAGCUGGAUGAAGAAAAGAAAAUGCGCCUUUCGCUGCAGGUCGACGUGGAGCGUCUUAAGAAGCACAUGUCCAAAUAAGAUCUGGACAUGACAUGUUGUAAAGACGUUUCCAUGACAACUGUAGAAACUGAACACACUCCCAGGAUGAAACGACUUGGUGUUGAAGAGAAGGAGACGAGGUGCUUUGAGAAAAACUGUUCUACAUCGUGUGUGUCUUUGUGUUGAGGAGAGUGUGGCUCCUCGCCUGAAACACGUUCCGUUCUGUUCUUCUACAACACACUGUGACUUAAAAACUGUUGUCUUCCACUUACCAUAUAUGGUUGUAGUUUCCUGAACUGGUGGGGAAAAUGUUC